AGGCGCGGAUAGGCGGCCAGCCCGCCCGGGUGGUGAAGUCGAUCUGCAAGGCCAGCAUACCGCACCCGAGGCUGUUCCAGCACCAGGUCCAGGCCAUGCUGUGCAUCGAUUCUCCCCACGUGUGCAAGGUCUACGACGUCUACGAGGACAAGCACCGUGUGUACCUGGCGCUCGAGAGCCUCGCGGGGCCUUCCCUGCUCGAGAAGGCACUCUGCGACCCCCACUUCUGCGAGCGGGACGCCGCGGCGGCCUUCAAGGUGCUGCUGCAGGCCCUGGCCGCGCUCCACGCCAAGCGCGUGGCCCACCAGAACGUCCACGCGGAGAAUCUGAGGUACGCCUACGCGGCGUGCGCCAAGAGGAGCUCACAGGCGCAGGCCCAGCGGAGCUGCUACCACGACGGGCUCAAGCUCCUCGACUUCGGCCUGUCGAUGAAGGCCGCGGACCUCCUGAGCAUGCCGCAGGCGGACGGCGAGCAGAUCCCGCUGCUGCCGCUCGUCGGCGCACGCGCCUCCGCGGGGCUCGCCUGCGCCCCGCCGGAGCUCGCCGGGCUGGCGGGCGCCCGCGGCUACGCGGGGCUCCUGGAGUCUGUGGGCCUGGGGGCGCGCGGCGCCGGGCGCACCCGGCGCGCCUCGCCGCCCGCUCGCACCCCGUCCAGGUGCGGCUCCACGCUGUCGCAGGCUUCCAGCGGGCGCAGCAGGCGGACAUCCGCCUGCGCGACGGACGCCGCGCGGUCGCGCUCGCCGGACCCCCGCGGCGGGGCCGCGUUUGAGCUGCUGGAGGCCGCCGACAUGUGGUCCGCAGGGAGCAUCUUGCACUUGCUACUAUCUGGCACCUUGCCCCCGUCUGGCGAAGACCACGCGGUGGCGAGGCUGCCCGACACGGUCUCCCCCGUGGCCCGCACCCUGGUCGAGGCGCUGCUCCGCCGCGACCCCGCCAUGCGGCCGCGGGCCGAGGAGGCGCUGAGCAGCCUGUGGUUCUCCAAGUGCGAGGCCGCGCUGCAGGCGCACCCCUCGCAGCCCAAGGCGCCAACGACCGCUUUCACGGCACCCGUCUCGACGGCCGUUCGAGGCCGCCUGGCCAAGCACCACGCCGUGUUGCGCAUGCGGAAGCUCGUGCAGGUUGCGAGUGCUGUGCGGUCGACACCGCUGCUCCCAGACGAGGUGCUGGGCGUCGAACCCCACGACCGGAUAACGGAGGACCACCUGCCUAAGGAUCCCGCGAAGCAGUUCGGACCGCUUGUGGUUCACGAGCACGUCACUCCGGAGGCCGAGGCCAGAGACUUGAUCCUCCUCCUCAGCAGGGAGGCCUUCAGGACGAUGCUCGUCGGAAGGACGAGCAACCCAACGAAGAUGCCCAUAAACGACCUCACGGAGCUCGUGGAUGCCGCCGAGCGUGCAGGCGACCUGCCGUGGAAGAACCCCCGCGGCCUGAUGAAGCGGAUGGCCAUGGUCUUGCAAGGGAACACCAUCUCCGCGGAGCACUUGGCUGAGUUCUUGUGGGAGGCGUGCAAAUGACACGCCACCCCGCUGCAUGCCAGGGCGGCCAGUGCGGCUAUGACCGCGAGAGCCCCAGCCGAAUUUGCGUGUUCCAGCGGUCGAUGACGCUGUCUACCCCAAGGGCGCUGGCUGAGCUCGGCCAGCUGCGCUUUUCCCCUGCUUCCCCACCCUUCCGCUCCUACCCUCCCCCUAAUGUACGGCGUCGCUGCAUUUUGGCGACGAUCCCAGUCAAGUGUGUUGGCCCCCCUGGCCAUCUCACCCAUGUGCUCUCUGCUCCUGUCGUGCGCCCUACCAUUCCGCUUCGUCUCAGUUCCCCUGUGCAUGGCUGGCCGCCAGCUCCAGAUUCGCCCAUAAUCCCUCCUGGCGCUGCUUCUCUGGGCCUUUCCUAUCCCUGUCCGUCGCUCGUGAGCUCUGCCCUUGCUACUGCUUGCGCCUCCCCUGCUCCUCUCUCGAGCUGUCAUCGCUUCAUGCCUCCCGCUACGAAUCAAAUUGCACCGAUUGAAAUACUCCGGCCGCCGUGCACACCUACGGCCGCGCCGACUCCGUGGGCAGCUGGAGGUGCGCCCACGCCCACCCGAGGCGCCGCCCCCGCGCCUGGCCGCGUCGGCUAGUGGGACGCGGACCUCCCUCUUUACGCUCGUCUCCUCCUCCUCCUCCUCCUCCUCCUCCUCCUCCUCCUC